CAAAUCGCACGAACAGGAUAAAUGUUGUCCAUGCAAGCAGGAACCAUGUUGAACGUUUCGUUAUCAGCUAUUAGCAUUACCGAACGUUCUCGAUAAUUCGAUUAAUUAACAGGGACUCGUAAGCGAUGUACGGGCAGGUUUGUUCUACCAAGUACUCGAUUGUAUCUGUUGCAACGAUCGAGACACGAUCUAAAAUUAGUCCUGACCCAUCCACUCUAUACAAAGGUCGAUCAGUGAUUUUCCACUCGGAUGGAACAAACAAAUAUAUAUUUUCCCGCCUUAUAUAUUACUCGAAUCGGCGAUUCGUUUCGAUAACAAUAAGUGACUUUUCAAUUGAUAUUCUGAGAAUAACGCGAGUCGUUUCUUUGUAAUUUUUCAACGAAAAUUUUACAUCGUCGAAGAGAGAUCUCUGCAAAGAAAGAUAUAAUUUAAUUCAUUUUCCAAUAACCGCAACUUUUUUUCAAUUGAAGAUAAAUCGAAUGUCGGGGCGAUUGAAGCGAGGAUAUUCGAUGAUAUUGAAAAGAGGGUGGAAAAAGAUAAGAGAAUGGUAUUCAUUAGCGAGCAAAAGGUGUCGAGUAGCUGUCAAUCGCGCUAUCGCGAACAGAGACGAGUCGAGUCGAUAUAGAAAGCAAAGUGCUCUCGACUCAACCGUGUUAACGCGAAUGGUUAAAGGUAUGGCAAAGGAACAUGAGUAUAAAGGUAAACAGGAUGAUUUAAACGGUACACAUUGCAUUGAGUGGAUAAUGCACGUUCGUGUCUUAUCUUCUUUCGCAUUUAUCGGCAUAUCUAAAAUUGAAAAUUAUGCAGUAGAAUUUUUUCUUCUUUCUCGUUAUCUUUUUUUUCGUAUUCAUUUACGUUAUUUUUGCAAAAGAAUCGAUUCGAAAAUCAUACUUACUCUCUCGUGCCACAUCCAGAGAGGAAAAAAAAUGUUAUUACUAAAAAAAAAAUUUCGACAAAUCGUAUCUUCGUAAAUCAUAAAUUCAUUAAUCGUUACUCGAUAUUUUCGACGCCUGUCGCAUGUUCCAUUUCGUUACAUUACUGAGAUAUUCGUUUAUCCCGCCAAAAUAUGAAAGCGAUUCUUGGAUCGGAAAAAGAACGGCAGAGAGGAGGAUUAUGAACACGCUUUCGGUUGAUUCGAAACCGGCGCCCUUAAGCUCGUUUUCCUCACUCGUAAAACGUUAAUGGGACGUCGAUAAUUUGCGUGUGUGUGUGUGUGUGUGUGUAUACUUGUGGCAUUCACGCGUGGCGGGAAUCGUUUUCUGCUCCAAAUACGGAGGAGCGAGAUCGAUCGAUCGCGUUCCCAGGGUUUUUUGUCCCUCGUCGUGAAACGUCGUGAUCAAAAACGGAUCGAAAAUGGAAUGGAAUGGGAAAGAUAGAUGUGGCGCGAACAAUCGUAAUGGUAUUCGAAGGGAGGCGAAACUUUUGAUCGAUAACUUUGCCUAAAUACGGAAUCGGUUGGAAAUGGAAUUGGCAAUGCCAUCGAAGCGAGAUGCGCGCGAUGGCCCGUGAUGAUAUGAUCGGAGGCACGAGGUGAUACCACGCGUAAGGGAUAAUGGAUUUCGGCGUCGCGACUUGUCGCGGUUUGUCGCGUCGCGGCGCGUGCGUCCUCCAAGCCCGUUUCGCACCCCUCGAUCCGUACCCUCUCGACCGCUUACCCUCUCUAUAUAUAUUUCGAACAACCACGAGGUGGACCGGUACAAGGCACACGAUUUGAGUAGUAGGUACACCUCGUACGCUCAAACGCUCGCUUCAUUUCACGUUUUUUGGUAAAAGCUGCGCGACUCGCUAUCCAAUCAAUGAUGUCGUGCCACAGUGUUUUCGCUCUCUCGAUCCUGGCUCUCUCGAUCACGGCAAACGUUUGGAUAUCCACCGUUCAGGCUGAAACUAACCUCCUGCGCAGAGAGUUUUACGGAGCCGUUAAUCCGCAAUUGCUCGCUGCUUUUCUCGACGACCAUGAUGCGAGAGCCCGGGGAAAUCAGCGCGAGUACUCCUCUGGAUCGGGCGUGAGCGAGCUCGUGGACGAGCUAUCUCCAGUCAGCGACUCGAUCGGCUAUCGGCCGUCCGAGCGGGAAACGCUCGAACGUUUCGAGAAGCGGAACAUAGACGAGAUCGACCGGACGGCUUUCGACAAUUUCUUCAAGCGAAACUUGGACGAGAUAGAUCGCGUCGGUUGGAGCGGAUUCGUGAAAAGAUUGACCAACUACUUGGCCACGGGUCACAGAACGAACGGUGGCCCGGUGAUUAGACGAUUUGGCUGAAGGGAUUUUUAUCUCCCGUAUUAUUAUUAUUAUUAUUAUUAUUAUUGUUUCUUUUCUCUUUUCGACUAUUAUCCUUUUCCCUCCCCACGGAUAAUAAUAAUAAUAAUAAUAAUAAUAAUAAUCAAGAUUCCGACGACGCUUGCUCGCUUGAAAACGGACAAUUUAUUUUUUUGGCUGCGGUUCGCCGAGAAGGCGAACCUCCGGCGUCGUGACUAUUCGAGCUCUGCCUUCCGACAUCGUUUUCCUCCCUAUAUUUUCACGAGGCCCGCACGCGGAAAAUUUGGACACAGGGUUCCGUGCUCCCUCUCUCCUGUCCACCUCCGAUAUCAUCGAAUCCUCCCGGUUCUCGAUGCUUCUUCUCUCGGCCGCGGCGACGAUCCUCUCGAUCUCUGUGCUCACGUCCAUCGGUGUCUCGAUCCUCACGCUCUCUCGGUUCCGGUCCAUUCGCACCAUCUGUUGUUCAUAUCGACCGAGUGAGAGGAAGUCACCGAUCCUCGACAUCUAACCGUAUACCUCGAUCACGUUCUCCUCGAGGCUCGCGAAUCGUCGUAACACCAUCUCCAAUUUUGAACUCUGCGUCGUCAACCGAUCGGUGACUCGAAGUUCCUUCCCGAUAUCCUCCUUGAUCUGGGAAAGAAAAACGAUCGAACUUAUUUAUUAUGGGGAACGCGUCGAGGCGUGUAUGCGUCUACCUCGUCCAUUCCCUUGGUCACUCGUUCGCCGAUGUAGCGGAGGUUGUCGCGCGCCCGACGGACCUGUCGACACACGGAAAGCUAGGGGGGAGGGGAGGGGAAUUGGGGUGCGAUCGAUCGAUCGAUCGGAUCACCAUCGAGUAUACGUUACGAUCGUGGAAAAUUCUCUCAUCUCAGCGAUGAUCCUGCGUCGCAACAUCGUAGCCGCUAAAAACUGUAAAUUUUUUAUUAGGGUUUUUUCUUUUUUUUUUUUUUUUGACUCGUAGAUUUUGUUGAUUAAUCACGCUUACGCGUUGACAAAUGUACAACAGUAUCACCAGGUUGGUCAGCAUUGGAAUCGCGCUGCCGAGUAAUUGCUCCGCGAGUUGCAUCCUUUUCUUCUGUUUUUUUUUUUCUUUUUCUAUUUCUUUUUCUUUUUUUCUUUUACCGUUUAAAAAAUUUUUUCAUCCGGACAAAAGAACAUUACGUUCCGAUCAGUCAUUGAACGACGCAAACAUUUUUUUUCUCCCAUAGUAUCGUUGCAGACGCGAUCUUUUUCCUGUCGAAUCUGUCGGAAGUUUGUCGACGAAACAAAAUACAAUUCCUUCGUUAACUUUCAACCAUUUCCCGAUCAACUUCAUUUCGACCGAUCCAUCGUUGAUCGAAGAGUAUGAAAAAAUCGAAUUCGGAUGAAAAAGAUCUUCCAUUUCCGCAUGAAUUGUCCACAUUCUCGCUGUAUCCUUCUUUGUCAUACUCUGCUUCAAUAAAGAAUAGUAGAAAAAAAAAAGCGAUUUUAAAACCAUCGUUAAAACCAAUGUUAAAAAAAUAAUCGUAAUAUGUAACCUAUUUAUAUAAUGGCGUAUUUCUACACAUCUGCUUCUAAUCCUUUUCCUCUUCUCUUUUUUUUUUUUCGUUCAAUUUCGCCUUGUAUCCAUUUAUUUCCGAUACGAUGUCCAUACGAAUGGUGUACUUUUUAAAAAAUAUCAAAUAAAUGUUUUGGCUAAUGUA